AUGCCGCAGAUUUCGUUCGAUUCCAUCCAGGACCUCCUGAUGCACAUGGACCACAUCCCAGAUGAUCGGCGCCAGUUUCUCGAUGAUUACCUCACCCACAAUUACAACGGCGACUACUACAUCUUACGCAUCACAGAAUUCACACAAUCGAAAAUAAUGGCCUCGGACGAGCUAAAACGCAUGCUUCGGGGCUUUUACUGCUGGCACGAAGUCUGGAAUGUCCUGAACCAAUACUACUAUAUGUCUUAUGCCCCCAAUGCGGGCGAUCCCUUGGGCCUAGGAGUCCAUAUCAGUCGCCAGGAGGCCCGCGUCAACGUCAACAUGUUCGUAGCUCGCCUCGGUGAGGAGAUAGGCCACUCUGCCUUUCUCGGAGCAUUCCAUGCACACCGGGAAGAAGCAAUGGUACUACUAGAGACCAUAGUUCAUAGGAGAUGCGCAAGUCCCGAAGAACUCGCCCUGGUAGCAGCACAAAUUCCUAUAUAUGCACCUCUGCAAACGAAGGAUUGUCUUUGUCCUUUACCCGGCGGAGCUUGGGGGCCACCGAAGGCGAAAUGGGAGAGACACAAGAGUCUAUGGGAGAUGCUCAUACAUCGUGAGAUCCGCCCAGAAGUGCAGGAACUGGCUCGGAGGGUUCAUUCUCUGAUGUGUAUCGUUGAUGGUAGCGAAGGCUCUGAACCAAUCACAAAAUAA